CUUGUUUGUGAUUCUAUUUUGUCUGGUUAUUGCUAAUUGAUACUACUUUUUUUUUUAUUACGUAUAGAGGUUUAUAACUUUCUAAUUAUGAAGAGAAUAACGCUUUUUGUCAAUGGCACCAAUAUUUCAAAUGGCAAGAAGGUUUAUUAAGUUUUACAAAGGAAUAUAAUUCAAAAAUCUAAAAUUUAUAUAAUUUAGAUAUUUUCUUAUUUUUUUACAUGUUUUGUUGUAUGUAACAACUAAGUUUUCCAAUCAAAAUUUAUUCAGGUAUUUAUGGUAACCAAUUCACUAGAUGAAUUAUUAACAGCAGCUAGCACAAAAUUUAACAUUGUUGCCAAAAGAAUAUUUAAUGUUCAAGGUGGAGAAAUUGAUGAUAUUAAUCUAGUCAGGGAUGAUGAUGUUUUAUACGUUUCAUGUGGAGAAGAUUUUAUUUCAAAGGAUAAGCUUUGUAUUCCAAGUCAAUUAAAUACAUAUUCAGAAUGGAUUACACUGAAUGUUGGUGGAAAAUAUUUUACAACAACCAGAGAUACUUUAACAAAAAAGGAACCAAUGAGUAUGUUGGCCAGAAUGUUUACAGACACUACAGGCACUGAACAAAGGAUCUUACCUAGCCGACAAGAUAAAAAUGGUGCAUUUCUAAUUGAUAGAAGUCCUACAUAUUUUGAACCAUUGUUGAAUUAUUUAAGACAUGGACAAAUAAUACUUGAUACCAAUGUGAAUGCAGCAGGUGUUUUGGCAGAAGCACGCUUUUAUGGAAUAGAAGGUGCUAUUAAUAUAUUGACUGAAAUGGCAGAUGAAGAAGAGCUCCAAAGAAGUGGUUUAGUAUCAUUAACUCGUAAAGAUGUACUUAAAGCAAUUAUGUCAACACCUACAACAUCAGAACUUAGGUUUCAAGGUGGUAAUUUUGUUGGUGCUGACUUAUCACAAUUAGAUCUCAGAAAUAUAAAUUUCAAGUAUGCAAUUAUGCGUGGCUGUAGUUUGGCAGGUUCAAAUUUAUCGGGUUGUUGCUUUGAACGAGCCGAUUUAUCUCAUGCAAAUUUACAAGGUGCUGUGUUAAGUUGUGUAAGAAUGCUAUGUGCAAAUCUAGCUGCUGCCAAUCUUCGUUCAUGUAAUUUUGAAGAUCCUUCGGGCGUACCUGCUAAUAUGGAAGGUGUGAAUCUUAAAGGUGCCAAUCUUGAAGGCAGUAUUAUGUCUGCUGUAAAUCUUAGAGUAGCAACAUUAAAAAAUGCUAUUUUAAGAAACUGUGAUCUUAGGUCAGCAGUAUUAGCCGGUGCAGAUUUAGAGUGCUGUGAUUUAUCAGGAUCCGAUUUACAUGAUGCAAAUUUGCGUGGCGCAAAUUUUAAAAAUGCCGAAUUUAAUCGAAUGUUAACACCAUUACAUAUGUCUCAAACGAUACGAUAAAUUUAUUUUAGAUUCUACAAUAUAAAUAUUUAUUUAAUAUA